ACAGUGGAGGGAGCGUGAAGUUCAAGAGAAAGUCGGAGAGGAUGAAUCAUGGGAAUAGGGGGAACUUUUAGUGUUGGAAGGGAGAGACACCUCUUCCUCUGAGACCAGAGAGAAGGAAGAGAGGAUGGAGAAUGGAUGUGGAUUCAGGAAUGUUUUGAAAUGAAGAGAAUAAAGGCGGAAAGCAAGGCUGCUGACCUCAAGCUUCUGGACAAAGUGAAAGGUAUGGCCUCACAUGUGCAAGUUUUCUCCCCUCACACCCUUCAAUCAAGUGCCUUCUGUAGUGUGAAGAAACUGAAAGUAGAGCCGAGUUCCAACUGGGACAUGACUGGGUACGGCUCCCACAGCAAAGUGUACAGCCAGAGCAAGAACAUACCACCUUCUCAGCCAGCCACCACAACCGUCAGCACCUCCUUGCCAAUCCCAAACCCAAGCCUACCUUACGAGCAGACCAUCAUCUUCCCAGGAAGCACCGGGCACAUAGUUGUAACAUCAGCAAGUAGCACUUCUGUCACUGGGCAAGUCCUCGGCGGACCACAUAACCUAAUGCGUCGAAGCACUGUGAGCCUUCUUGAUACCUACCAAAAAUGUGGACUCAAGCGUAAGAGUGAGGAGAUUGAGAACACAAGCAGCGUGCAGAUCAUUGAAGAGCAUCCACCCAUGAUUCAGAAUAAUGCAAGUGGGGCCACUGUAGCCACUGCCACCACAUCGACUGCCACCUCCAAAAACAGUGGCUCCAACAGUGAGGGUGAUUAUCAGCUAGUCCAGCAUGAGGUGCUGUGCUCCAUGACCAACACUUAUGAAGUUUUAGAGUUCUUGGGCAGAGGGACGUUUGGGCAAGUGGUCAAGUGCUGGAAACGGGGCACCAAUGAAAUUGUGGCCAUCAAGAUCCUGAAGAACCACCCGUCGUAUGCCCGACAAGGUCAGAUUGAGGUGAGCAUCCUGGCCCGCUUGAGCACAGAGAGUGCUGAUGACUACAACUUUGUCCGGGCCUAUGAGUGCUUCCAGCACAAGAAUCACACGUGCUUGGUCUUUGAGAUGUUGGAGCAGAACCUCUAUGACUUUCUGAAGCAGAACAAGUUUAGCCCCUUGCCCCUCAAAUACAUUCGCCCGGUCCUCCAGCAGGUAGCCACAGCCCUGAUGAAACUGAAAAGCCUAGGUCUUAUCCAUGCUGACCUCAAACCAGAAAACAUCAUGCUGGUCGAUCCAUCUAGACAACCAUACAGAGUAAAGGUCAUCGACUUUGGUUCAGCGAGUCACGUGUCCAAGGCUGUGUGUUCCACCUACUUGCAGUCCAGAUAUUACAGGGCCCCUGAGAUCAUCCUUGGUUUACCAUUUUGUGAGGCGAUUGAUAUGUGGUCCCUGGGCUGUGUCAUUGCGGAGCUGUUCCUGGGCUGGCCGCUGUAUCCAGGAGCUUCCGAGUACGAUCAGAUUCGGUAUAUCUCACAAACACAGGGUUUGCCAGCUGAAUAUUUAUUAAGCGCAGGGACAAAGACAACUAGGUUUUUCAACCGUGACACAGACUCACCGUAUCCUUUGUGGAGGCUGAAGACACCAGAUGACCAUGAAGCUGAGACGGGCAUUAAGUCCAAAGAAGCGAGGAAGUACAUUUUCAACUGUUUAGAUGACAUGGCCCAGGUGAACAUGACAACAGAUUUGGAAGGGAGUGACAUGUUGGUGGAAAAGGCAGACCGGCGGGAGUUCAUCGACCUGUUAAAGAAGAUGCUGACCAUAGAUGCUGAUAAGAGAAUCACUCCGAUCGAAACCCUGAACCACUCCUUUGUCACCAUGACACACUUACUUGAUUUUCCCCAUAGUACACACGUCAAAUCAUGUUUCCAGAACAUGGAGAUUUGCAAGCGUCGGGUGAAUAUGUAUGACACCGUGAACCAGAGCAAAACCCCUUUCAUCACACAUGUGGCCCCCAGCACGUCCACCAACCUGACCAUGACCUUCAACAACCAGCUGAACACUGUCCACAACCAGGCUCCCACCUCUACCAGUGCCACUAUUUCCUUAGCCAAUCCCGAGGUCUCCAUACUAAACUACCACUCUGCACUCUACCAGCCCUCAGCGGCAUCCAUGGCUGCAGUGGCCCAGCGGAGCAUGCCCCUGCAGACGGGAGCAGCCCAGAUCUGUGCCCGGCCUGACCCCUUCCAGCAAGCUCUCAUCGUGUGUCCACCCGGCUUCCAAGGAUUGCAGGCCUCUCCCUCGAAGCAUGCUGGCUAUUCUGUACGGAUGGAAAAUGCAGUUCCCAUUGUCACGCAAGCCCCAGGAGCUCAACCUCUUCAGAUCCAACCAGGUCUGCUUGCCCAGGCCUGGCCAAGUGGGACCCAGCAGAUCCUGCUUCCCCCCGCGUGGCAACAGCUGACUGGAGUGGCCACCCACACGUCGGUGCAGCAUGCAACUGUGAUUCCCGAGACCAUGGCAGGCACCCAGCAAUUGGCCGACUGGAGGAACACGCAUGCUCACGGCAGCCAUUACAAUCCCAUCAUGCAGCAGCCUGCGCUAUUGACUGGUCAUGUGACCCUUCCAGCAGCCCAGCCCUUAAAUGUGGGCGUGGCCCAUGUGAUGCGACAGCAGCCAACCAGCACCACCUCUUCCCGGAAGAGUAAGCAGCACCAAUCAUCUGCGAGAAACGUCUCCACCUGUGAGGUGUCCUCCUCUCAGGCCAUCAGCUCGCCUCAGCGGUCCAAGCGCGUCAAGGAGAACACCCCUCCCCGCUGCGCUCUGGUGCACAGCAGCCCGGCCUGCAGCUCCUCUGUCACGUGCGGGUGGGGCGACGUGGCCUCCAGCACCGCCAGGGAGCGGCAGCGGCAGACGAUUGUCAUUCCCGACACCCCUAGUCCCACAGUCAGCGUCAUCACCAUCAGCAGCGACACAGAUGAGGAGGAGGAACAGAAGCAUGCUCCCACCAGCACUGUCUCCAAGCAGAGAAAAAACGUCAUCAGCUGUGUCACGGUCCACGACUCUCCCUACUCCGACUCCUCCAGCAACACCAGCCCCUACUCCGUGCAGCACCGUGCCGGACACAACGCCAACACCUUUGACACCAAGGGGAGCCUGGAGAAUCAUUGCACUGGGAACCCCCGAACUAUCAUCGUGCCACCCCUGAAAACCCAGGCCAGCGAAGUGUUGGUGGAAUGUGACAGCCUGGUGCCAGUCAACACCAGUCACCACUCGUCCUACAAGUCCAAGUCCUCCAGCAACGUGACCUCCACCAGCGGUCACUCUUCAGGGAGCUCGUCUGGAGCCGUUGCCUACCGGCAGCAGCGGCCAGGACCACAUUUCCAGCAGCAGCAGCCUCUCAAUCUCAGCCAGGCUCAGCAACACAUCACCGCAGACCGUGCUGGGAGCCACCGACGGCAGCAGGCCUAUAUCACUCCCACAAUGGCUCAGGCCCCGUACUCCUUCCCUCACAACAGCCCCAGCCACGGCGCUGUGCACCCCCACCUGGCUGCCGCCGCCCACCUCCCCACCCAGCCCCACCUCUAUACCUACACGGCGCCCGCGGCCCUGGGCUCCACUGGCACUGUGGCCCACCUGGUGGCCUCCCAAGGCUCAGCGCGUCACACCGUGCAGCACACUGCCUACCCGGCCAGCAUCGUCCACCAGGUCCCCGUGAGCAUGGGCCCCCGGGUCCUGCCCUCGCCCACCAUCCACCCAAGUCAGUAUCCAGCCCAGUUUGCCCACCAGACCUACAUCAGCGCCUCUCCAGCCUCCACCGUCUACACUGGAUACCCACUGAGCCCUGCCAAGGUCAACCAGUACCCUUACAUAUAAACACUGGAAGGGGAGGGGAGGGGGGAGAACGGCCAGAGGGGAGGAGGGAGAGGAAAAGGGACCGAGGUGGGAGCUGGGCUUUUUAUACUGAAGAUGCCGCACACAAACAAUGCAAACGGGGCAGGGAGGGGGGCAGGGGACGGGAUGGGACACAAACGAAACUUGAACUAGGAAGUGGGAGGACUGAGAGCAGAGAAGAGAACAUUUUAAAAAGGAAGGGAUUAAGGAGGGGGAAAUCUAUGCUUUUUAUUUUAAAAAAGAAAAAGAAAAAAAAGAAAACGUCGGUAACAAGAAACACAGCUCACGAACCCAUUCUGCACCAAACUGGAAAGGAGAAGAAGAGAGCAACGGAAGAUUCCGGAAGUGGGGAAGCCCCAGUUUUUGAAGAACUUUAUCUACAAACUUUGCAAAGAUUAUUUUCAUAUGGCAGCAAGUGACGUUUAAAAAUUUGCUGUCAGGGACACCUGAUAUGGAAAUCCAAUAGAUUUUAAUUAUUGAACAGAAGAAUUAGGGAUUUUUCCAGAACUCGAAAGGGUCGGCAGCCGUCCAGAAGGUCUAGGAGGCUGAUGUUUGGGGGCCAGUCUGGGGUUGGCAAAGCCCGGUUCUGGCUCAUUGGUCAGGGCUGAUGGGGUGGCUGGACUGUGAGGACCCGGGAGAGGGCGCGUUUUCUCUUUCUGAGCACUCUGGAUAAAUCGCUAAGCAAUGUCAUUAAUAACGUGUGUUGCAAACUUUAGUUUUGUUCUUUUCUGAAGAUUUAUUUUCUCUUUGAAUCAACCCCUAGUCCCGUAGCGUAGGGCUGGUGGCCAUUGCCGAACCCUAGUAGAAUGUAGCUCUCUGCACCCCAUUUUCUACUUUGUGUUCAACUCCAAUGAUACCAAUAGACUAUUCCUCUAUGUAAUUGCACAAAAAAGAGUGAUCUAACGAAGGCAUGUACCAAUGUGGUGGUCCAGGUGUGUGAGCAUGAGCGAGCGAGCAAGCGUGAGCGAGUGUGUGGGUGUGAGCAAGGAUGCCGCCCCUCCCCAUGUGUCCCUCGGCGCCGCCGUCACAGCUCUCACAGUCUUGAUUCCACGUCAUUCCCUCCUAGUGCCUUACCGAUGACCGACAGACGCGGUGUGAGGGGGACUUCCGUGGUACUCCAAGAAGCCAGCUGAGACGAGUCAGAUCAUCUCGGCUCUUCUUCUGUGCUGUUAGAACAUUUUACUCUGGUCUCUCCUUUUUUUUUUUUUAAUUUAAUUUUAUUUUAAUACCUGUUGUCUUUCUUGGGCUGCUGGUAGCAGAGGAGUGUCAGGGAGCUAGCAGGGGCUUGAGAGAGAUGUGGGAAAUGGAUGGUGGGUGGGUGAAUCUGAUGACAGUGAUGGUUUUAGUUGACUUUUACUUUGGGGGCAGAGAGCAAGAGAGGUCCCCCCCAACCCUGCCCCCUCACGCCACCCUGCCCUCAGUUCUGCUGGGAGGGCGGCUCUGCCAUUUGUGGGACCAGAGGUCCCAUCUCUGUUUUCAGAAUGUUGGCCUCGCCAGGCGGCUUCCUCCUUCCUGAUAUGGAAGGAACAGAAGAGAGGAGCCCACCGCCAGCCUCAAGGCCCGGCAUAACCUUCCUGCCGCCAUCUGCAGGGUGCAGAGGAGGCCUGGUGCCCAGCCCCGUGACCUCAGCCUCACCCCAGCUUUGCCCUCACAGCCCUGCGCCUCUCUGCCCAGGUUCUGCUGACUGUGUUUUGCUCUCACAGUUUUCCAUAUUAUUCCCGCUCUAGACAACCAUCCACCUUUGUGUGCUCCUGAGUCUUUCCUCACACUACCCAGGCCUACCCAAGGCAUGACUUUGGUUUUGGUUUUAGAGGGGUCUGGGGGCAGAUGGUGGGAGGGACAUUUGUGAGGGUAACUAGGGGUCACACUGCACUUUGGAAAACUGAACACUCCCACAGGCAGUUAAGUUUCCAAAGAAUUUUGCCCUUUGCCCUCUUUGCACCUUCAGUACCUUCUGGAAGUUUUUUUCUCAGGCUUUGAGCACUGCUGGGGGUGGGGACGGGGGGGGGGGGUCUCUCCAUUCAUAGCAAAUUACCCUUAAACACAUGAAUGUUGGGAGUGUGUCUGGUCAUAGAUGGAGUUUUAAAGGGCGGUCCUAAUUGUUUGACUCUGGAUGUUGAGUCCCUAACUGACCCCAAAGCCGAGUUUCCGAGGUGUGAAGAGGGCGGUCCCAGUUUCGGCAGCCCAUCCUCAUCCUCCCCCUCUUUCCUUCCUCGCUCUGCAGCCUCCCAUCACAAUCUACUGUGAAAGGUGUUUGUAUGGUGAUACUGACCUAAUUGAGUAAUGAAGCCGUUACCUUAGCUCUUAGCUGUGAAAUGUGAAAUAACUCUGGAAAUUUCCCCUCCCCAACCAUAAAUUCUACUUAUCUUACCAAGAAGUAGGUCCCCAAAGUAGAACCAGCUUGGUCCAGGCCUUAGGCUGACAGGAAGGAUACGAUGACCUGCUCGAGAUGGGGCACACUCAAGCAGCCCCCAGGAGCCCAGAGGGGCUGAGCCCGAGAGAGGUAUGAGAUGCCAUCCUCAUGGCGCCACGAUCGUCUUUAUCCAGAGGUGGGGCAGUGCCAUCAUUCUGACACAACAGGAAAAUGGCCAUCCAGAGAGGGUGGGGAAAUAAGUCUUUGGAGGACUCACGAGCCAGAGCUGCACCAGACUGGAAAACCCGUUUGUUCCGGACUUUCGGCAGCCAGAUGGUGGCAGUACCCCAUCAGAUUGCCUCAUGCCCAGUGACAGUAGUAGCCUCUGUUUGCUUUAUUGGGUAGCAUCCUGGGCCCCCUUGCACACUUCACUUCCAGCCCUUUCUAGAUCUGAUCUUUUACAGGCAAAGACAACAUAGCCUUCCAUUUUAAAGAAAAUUAUUUUGUCUACUUAAGUUGGAAGUCUCUUACUCUUUCACCUUUUUCUUUCCUUUUCUUCCAGAUCAGGAAUGAAAGUUCCAUGCUGCUCAUAAAGAUAAUAUUAUUGUACUAAUUAUUUUGGUUAUUACCAUUGUAAUUAUUAUCAUUAUCAUCAUGUUGAUAUUUUAGUUGGGGUUUUAAAUGCACAUUUAUUCCAAGUAUCUUUGUGUUUUCUCUUUAAUAUUUAAACUUAUUUUUUUGUAUCUGUGAGCAUAUGAGUUGACAGGAGGGACAUACAGAUGUCCAGUUUUGUCAGACAAAAAAAAAAAAGGAAAGACCCAGGAAUUAGGAAAAUUGUUUCUGUCAUCUCUAUUCCACAAAGAGCUGUCAGGAAAGAUCCACCACAGAACAAAAGUUUAAUGAAGAAUCAAGGCCUUUUCUCAGUACAGACUAGUUUGGGCUCUUGACAACAUGGUCACCAUCAAUACUGUAUUUUUCCAGGUUCACGGUGGCCUGGGAAGAGCUCUGAAGAGGCAUCUCCUGGGCUGAACCCCUAGCUGUGGUUCUCUCCCUCAUUCCCUGCACUCUCCUGUGCUUCUGGAAUCAGCUCCAUAGAUCCUUGGCCUCACAUCUGAUAUUUACCUGGCAAGCAAAAAAAGAGCCGCUCUGCCCAGAGCUGACCCAGCACCUUUCCCCAAUGCCCUCCCUUUUCCCAUGAUGCACCCAGAGAAGGAGAAGGGCCCACUGGGAGAAGCCAGGUUCCUCGUGCGCUCGUUAGCACUCGCCCAAAUCUCCCAUCUUGUCCUCCGACGCUGAGUCGCCCUGGCAAACAGGAUGAAUAAAAAGCUGCCCGUCCCUAGGACCAAGCUCUCAAGUAGAGGGAUGCCAACCUAGUCCGUAUUUAGGCCAUAAAUAAUCUGGAGCAUCAUCUGUUCUUUGAUUGGCUCCAUCCUUCUUUACUGAAGAAACAUCAUUAAGAGUAAGGGGAAGAUUGAAAAAGACAGGUCAAGGAGAAUGAUGUAAUAGGAGGCUUAGGAACCACAGGUCAAUAUGAUUCUGUUCUGCUUGCUGACCCAUCUGGGUGUUUGCAGCCGUGUCUCUGCGCUUAGUGCCUCUUUCAUGAUGUUUGGCUGUUUCCAAGGGAAGGGGUGAGCAGGCCGAUGGGUGGGAGAGUCUGAGGCUUGAUGCCGGUUAAUACUGUGAAGUGGAGCAUGUGGUUGAUCGAAUUCAGAGGGAAAGGAAGGGUUGGGGCAAACUGAGGUUGUCUCCUGGACUGUAUUUGCAUUCUGGCCUUACUGGCGGUGAGUGGCUUGCAGGCUGUGGGAGCCAGCUGGCCUUGUCCUCUUCACCCUGGAAGACUCAACCCGCCCAGACACCAGAUUGUUGGACGUAAGGAAGGGAAGGUGAGAUGAGCACAGCUGCUAGGGUGAUUUCCCUUGACCAGACCUUUACAAACACUCAUUUUUGAACAAGCGUGUGGUGGAGGAUUUGGGUUGUGUGAGUGUGUAUGAGUGAGUGGAGCAGACUUUCUUGGAAACUGGAGGAAGGAGAUGAGGAGGCUUAAGGAACUAUUACUGAUGGGCUGUGGUUGAUGAAACGAGGUGCAUCCAUGGGCUUGCCGCAGCUUUCAUCCCGGGUUCUCUGGUGCUGGGGACAGGGUGAGGUGUGAGGCACUUGCUGGCCUGCCCAGGAGCUGCUAGGACAGAAAACAGAAAGAAGAAAAUAACUAGGUUCCCUCAAGUAGCAGAGAGAGUUUGACAGAGAGGCAAGGAUUCCUUCCAUAGGACUAGCCUGGGACCCACAUCAUGGUUUUGCCACGGAACAUUCCAGCCCCAGGGACUUUGCGUGCUCCUCUCCCUGUCUGUGUCUUUUCUUUCUGGUGUGUCUUACAGAUUUCAGAUGGGGAAGCCUCAAAAUUGAGCAGGCCAGAGAUGUCCUUACCAAAUUGGAAAGGAAGGGGAAACUGUUCCUUUCUUUAGCCAAAGAACCCUUCUCAAAGGACACCUCCAGAAUGGACAAAAUGGCAUUCCUCUCUUUCCUUUCCAGGCAAUAAUGACGUCAUUAUUGAUGCAACUCCGUUGAUGUUUCUCUUUCCUCUCUAACCUCAUUGUAUUUUUUUAUUGCUUUUAUUUCAAAACUACUCAUCUUUUAAGAGGAGUGAAAAUUAGUUACCCUAAGUGCUGCUGCUAUUGGGAAACCGGAGGCAUCCCGUGAACACGUGGGCUAAACUAAUCUCCUGUUUCCACGGUCUUGACUGAAGCAGCCCUUCUGCCAGGAAGCUCUGCUGUGUGGGGGGGGGUAGACGCACGCUGGAGCUGGCCUCGGGAUGUCACCGCUUUUCCGCUGUGGUGCCUCAAGACUCUCACUUCUCAUCUGCACAGACCACACGCAGUAAAACCUCCGUCGGGCCAGUAGAGAAUUGAAGAUGGCAAAGUGGCAUUUAAAUGCAAUAGAAAUCUGUCAGAGGCUUUUGGUGCCAUUGCUCAGAGUGACCCAAUCUAGUAGCAGUUUCUUGCAACUUCUAGCUCCAAAGAACUAGCUCCAAGGCAGUUCUUCCCCUCAGAUUCAGUGAGAGUUUACAGAGAAGUGACCCUCCUUCAGGGCACACUUUCUCAGAAUACCUGGACCAGAAGGGAUCUUCCUGAUUGCACCGGCUCACCUCCCACAAGCCUCUGAGAGCCCCUAAUCUCACACCCCAGCAUUACAGCAUUAUGUUGACUGUCUCCUUUCUGAUGAAACUUGCAGUGUCCCUCAAAUAAGUAAUAACCAGCAUUUGUUAAUGCUCUCAGUACACCAGGCCCCGGGCCAAGCCCUGUGUGAGCGUGACCCCGUGGAGCCCUGGUAGCCACCCAGUUACAGCACCCCCCAUUUACGGAUGAGGAAGUGGACGAGGAAGCUGACGCUCUAAGAAAGUAGCAUGUGUUAAAGGAAAGAAAAUGCAGUGGUGGUCCAAAAUCUCCAAGUUUUUGGUGAACUUUUUGUUAAUCAGAUCUUUACUAAGAUACGAUUUUUUUUUUUUUACUUUCUUAAAUUAACAGCAAUGAGUGGCCUCGUAUUUCUGAUGAACCAUUUAACGACGCUCCCAUUUACUGUGUGCCAAACACUGUGCUAAAAGUUGCUUGUUGUUAAAAGUUCGUCUUCAUAAUAACCAUAUGAAAUCGGCAAUAUUAGUCCCUCGAGUUGAGGCAACUCGCUGAGAGAGCUCGUAACCAGCCUAGGGCCACACAGCUAGUAAAGGGUGGAGUGGGGCCUUGAACCUGGGUCUGCCCAGCUCCAGAACCAAGCUCGCAGCUUGCCUUGGCCGUCUCCCGUGUGUGUGUGUGUGUGUGUGUGUGUGUGUGUGUGCAAAGAAAGGCCUGGAAGGGUCAUCACCCUGCACCAUCCCCACACCACGCAUGGGACUCAGGAGAGCCUGCGUGAAGAGGGAGUCCUGAACUGGGUGCAGGUGGAAGGCACAGGAUUAGGUGGACUUUUAGAGAAGAUCUAUGGGGAGUUUCUUUUGCUUCGUAGUAGAGUUCCUUUUAGAUUCCUUUCCCGCGUACCAGCUAGCUUUAGUAGUGCUGCUACAACAAACUCUUACAAGAGCGAAGAAAAAAGUGUUCUUUUCUUCUUUUAAAAAAAUGAUUUUUCUUGCUUAUAGUUGAUUCUAGAAAGGCAAUACUAAAGGUAUAUAUUUUUUUCAAAAUGCUAUUUUUUACUGCACUGAUAAAUAUCAUGACAACUCUGGUCUCUGUAAUCGAUCCGCUCUGCAGCUCUGGGUAGAACCAGGUGCAAGAUUCACACCAAAUUUGUAAAUACCGUGUGUGGGUCUGGUGUCAAGGAACUUUUCUCUUUGUGUAAAAAAAAAAAAAAGGAGGAGAAAGACAAGAUGACUUUUAGAAAGAGGAACAAAGUAAAGUUUUCUUUUGAGAUAGGCUUCUCAAAGAAACAGAAAGCAACAGUUGUGUAAACUGAGAAAAGCUAGCCAACUUUCAGGACAGAAGGAGAGUCUCUUGCCGAGGUAUGAGAUUAAUAGUAAUACAGAAGCAUUUUUAUUUUGGUUGAGAGGUGGUAAGAAUUUAGAAAUGCUUUAGGACUAGAUUUUUAUUUUUUAGAAAACUGCUAUCACUUGUUAGGAAACAUCUCCUCAGUUUGGGGUGGGUUUUUUGUUUCUUUUUUGUUUUAAAAACUUCUUUAUUGACUGGUUCCAGGCUUGUUUGCCUAAAUUCUUAGGUAGUUUACACAAGUUCUAGAAUCUUCUAGAACUAUUACUCCAUUGGAAGCAAACCCAACUAAUCAGAAUUUGAGAUCCUGGUGGGUAUCAAUAGGUUUCUGGAAUUCUGACGGAACACCUAAGGAUUUUUUUCAAGAAGGUUUUAGAUACAUUAUCUUACACAAACUGUGACCUAAUGGCAAUAAUUACCUCAAAUGUGGGCAUUCAUCCUGGUUUUAGCCUUUUUUGAAGUCAUGUAGCCAGCUUGAUCUUGGGAUUUAAAAGAUAUGAACUCUAAGUGGGCUGAAAAUAAUGAUUAAUGCACACCCUGGUCAUUGUUGCUUAAGUGAAUUCUGAAAAUAGCUAAUCUUUACAACAAAAAUUAAACCAAGGAAGAGAUGAUUCUUUGUGUGUUGUAAUCAAAUGUGAUAUUCAAAUGCACAUGUUAAGUAUAUAUGUUUUUAGCCACUGUAAAAUGCUGUUAGCUUUCUAAGAUAUUGAAAGUCAUAUUUUAAAUGCAUAAACUAAAUAAUCGACUGUGGAUACUUAAGCAUAUUUCUGGCUACGUUUUAUAGUUAAAGUGUUUUAUAGUUUACAUUUAAACUGGUACUUUUUAAGGAAAAUUUCUGUUUAUAACUGACAUCUUCAAACCCCAGUGAUUGCCUCUGUAGUUGGAGGCCGUGUCCCCCCAAGGCAGGUGUGUUCUCCCCGUACCGUUGUGUAGCCCGACACAAGCAUUUCCCUUCAUGUUAUUGGUUUCCAUGUGAACUCGAGAGAAUGUGAAAGGAUUCCCAGGUUGGGUGGGAAGGGGUGAGUCCCCCGCCUGGGCUGGAUGCAAAGAUCUCAUGCCAUGUUGUAUCAACACUUGUCUUGAAGGCCUUCUCUUUGACAUCUUGGAAGAGGCAGAGAGAACAGAUACCUGAUUCGUUGAUUUUGUCUUGGUUUGAAUGUUUAACUUAUUAAUCUGUCCACUGACUUCCAGUCACCAGGCAGUAGAAGACACUGGGAUUCAGGUGGCCUCGAAGGUACAGCUGCUAUUUCUGGGCCCCCGGUGAUAUUCUGAUCGGGGUUUUGCGGGGGAGAGUCAUACAUCCCUACGCCCAUACUCACUGGCUGGGUUUUCCAUAUCUGCUGUCAUUUCUUUCUUUUCUCCUUUAAAACAAAGUAAAUGCAAAAGGAUAUGUUUACUUUUUACUCUUUGUCAAACUUAGAUUUGAAGCCUAGGUCAGUGGGAGGGGGGCACCGAGUUUACUUCCCAGAGAUUGUAAGUGCUGCUGAGCAGGAGGAGCGGCUGGGGAACCAAGGGGCAGCUCAGGGGCCGUUGAGACCCAUCGAAGUAGAGGUCAUCAUUGUAAUGGCAAGAGAGGCUUCAGAGAGUGGGCCCCACUGUCAUGUGGGAACCAACUGGAAAAUGCCGGGUCCCCUGAGAUGGUUCGUUUCUUAUUUUCUCUUGUACCACAACCGAAGUGCGGAGGACCUGGUGUUAUCUAAAGGGCGUUCCUUAGCCGAUGCGACCUUGAACACUGCAGAACACCUCGGACCAGGGAACUGGUGGCGGGGGAGGGGAGUGGUUAAUGCAUUUGCUUUUUCCCUGUGAACUCUGUUGAUAGUGUGUUCUUACUACAGUUUUUUGUUAGAAAUGUUAUUGUAAAGUAUUUUUCAUCUCUCUCCUCCUAAUUAUACUCCCACUUUUCUAUUUGGUUUUUUCCUUUGCUUUAAUUAACCAAGUGAAUUUUAUGUCAUUGUCUUUGGGGCUUAACCGUAUUUUUAAAAAUUAGAGACAUAGAAAUUGACCUUUAAAAAAAAGAAAGCAAACAUGUCUCUGAGAAGGGCUCUGCCAUUGCUCUCUCUAGUUUCCUUUCAGCCCAUCUCCACACUCAUCUCUCCUGGUGCUGCCUCCCCAUCUUGUGUUCAGUCACUGUUCCCAUGGCCACCUCGGCCUUUGCUCUGCUGUCACCACAGCCCCACACCCAGGCACUCAGAACUCCCAGGAAGCUCUCAAGAGCCAGGACCCACUUAGCCUUGUGCGUGGUGGCCUUGCCUCCCUGUUAGAUGUUCGCCUGCUUGGUUGAAGGAGCAAUGGAUUUAUUAUUAUUAUUAUUAUUAUUAUAUUAUUAAUUAUUAUUAUUUUAAUAGUUUGGCUCAGGUUAUAAGGAAGAACUUGGGAAGUGGACAGUGACUUGACCAUGCCCAUCCUUUGUAGCUUUCUGUGACUUCUGAAUGGAACAUAAUGCGUCCCCCGCCCACGCCCCCCUCCUCCCUUCCUGUUGGCGUUGCCUCCAUGGCACGGAGUUUCUCCCCACCCUGGUGCACUCCUCACUUUUGUGUUACUGCUCAUUUAAAGCUUUCUUCCGUGGCUUUUCCAGGGCACAAUCACUUCUGGCCCCCAAAGCAUCUCUCAUCCUCUUUGUGUGCGUUUUUUUAACCAAAUGAAGUAGACCAGGAAGUCAUACUUGGGGGCAGCAGAAUUUCUAGUUUAGUAGAAUCACUGUAUAGAUAUAGAUGUUGAUAUAUAUGUUUGUGUAUAUAUAUAUCAAACCAAAUUUCUGAUAGGAAAAGUAUAGCUUUACAGAUGAGGAGGAAGAGGAGCUUUUAGAAGUCGGAGUCAGCGUUGGCUGAGCCUGGGAGGGCCCAGGCCACACCUUCGUACAUGAGCCUGAGGCAUGGUGCCAGGCCCUGGUCACCCACCUCAGCACAGCAGAGGCAGGUGGCCCUGAGGGGUGCUGCUGCUCUCUCUGGGUCCCCAGCAUCAAGGGCAUAGAUGAGUGAGGGGGGCAAUAAAACAGAAUGACUGGAAUUUUCCAUCCCUCUUUGCUUUGACCACAUGUAUUGAGCUACAGCCUCUGAUACUCUGUCACACAUCCAAAAAUGGGAUCCAUUAGGAUGGAAGGAGAACGGAUCUGUAGAAAUGUUUACCUUUCAACUGCCCAUGAAUUCAGGACACUCUCGAUAGAAAGGCUCACUCCCCAGCAUGAGGACAGGGAAGAGGAGACCUGGUGAUGUUCGGUCACCAGUCAAGGAGCAUGGCUCCCUCCCCAAGGUCAUCUCGCCUAGAUCUUUCACUACCAGGUCAUCUCAGCUCAAUAACCCUAUGAAAGCCCUGGUCUGUUGUGUUCCUUCACUGUACGGUUUCUGUAAUAAAAAGUGUUAAUCCAUGUUAAUCUUUGUGAAAAUUAUUGCGUGCAACAGUAUUUUCUCGUGUACCUCUUUUCCUAUGUGAAUUGUCCCUCUUUUCUUUUUUAUUUAUAAAUGUCUCCUUUUUUUAAAGACAAACCAAUGUGUUGUAGGCCUAUAUGUAACCUAUUCCUAGUCUCAUAUUAUAGGUAUGUUAUAAGAAUGGAUAUUUUACUUGGCUUUAGAAUGUUUUACAAGAAAAAUAAUUCUUAACUGAUCAAGUCCUUGCUACUAAAAUGCUUGUGUUUUUCAUCAUGACGUCGUGUGCUUCUAAAUUAAUAAUCAUUUUCGUUGUAGAAAAAUGGAGUGAAUUUAUAUUAGUCUUGGAAACUAAUAUAGCAUUGUAAAUUUAUGAGAUGAUUUUAACAGAAAAAAUUAUAGAAGAAUAUAGUUAUUUUAAUUGUAAUAUUACUAACUGUAGGGUGAGAAAGGGGGGUCCCGUUGUGGUGAACUAUGUUAUAGCUUGUUACUCACAGUUUCUUUUUGAUCAUUUUUUCGGUCUCUGAGGUGAAACGAGUUAUUAAUUAAAAUUUGUAAGCUCACAUAUGCAUAUUGUAUAUGUGCAGAAUGUAAUCACACUUUGUCUUGGAAUUACAUUAAACUGUUUGGAAUCACUGUA